CACCUCGACGGUUUCGUUCGGCGCAAUCAAUUGCUCCCAGUGUUUGUGUGACAAUAAUCAUAAUCAUAACUCGUUCAAUUAUUGGAUACCCCCCAAAACCGGCUGCGGGUCGCGAGGAGGCGCAACACAGCUGGCACAUUCCGUGGCACACAACAGACGACACAACGUUGCUUAUCUCGUGCGAUUUCCGUUAUACAGUGUGCGCUGUGCGCCGAUCAACCCCGGGCAGGGACCCCUCGGUGGGUCGUGAGAAAUUCAGCGAACGAAUCAAAUUGUUACUUUCAGUACUGUGCCACCGAGAGUGCCGUCGGCGGUUUAAUUUCGUUUUCGGUGGCAGGUGAUCUUUAUUUUGUCCGCGUCGCCGCGUCGAAGCUGGAUGCUGGUGUGAAGAAGAGGCUGCUCAAGUGGUACUCGGCGGUAAUUGGACUAGUGUGCUAAGAGUAGUGAUUGUUCUGCGCCUUUCGGCAGCGACCGCCCAAAAGUGUCCGCGGCGUAAUUACGGAGUGUUACCAGGGCUAAGUAUCGGGAGCAGAAAUCAAUUGGCAGAAAAGUGAAGCGCGCGUGGUUGGUGCGCACCUAUAGGGUAAGAAGCAUGAGGAUCUGAAAGUUGCGCUUCUUCGGUUCGAAGGAGACGAAGUGUGCAAAAUAGUGGCCGUGGAAAAUGCUCAUCAAUUUCGGGCACAACAGCACGUCGUUCUUCGUCAUCAUCAGCAGCGUGAUUACCGGUGCCGGGCAAGUGACGACAGUUUCUGACAAGUGGCAGCGUGAUUGCAAGUGAUUUUUAAAUUGAAUCGUGGAAGAUACAGAGGCAAGGUGCACCACCGGAGGAAGUUGAAUAAAUUAAUUUUUUUUCGGGUUGGUUGAAAGAAGAAUGAAAGUUCCCAUCGGAUCCUAUCGGUUGCGUGUUGUUGUUGGUGGAAUUUUGGUCCAAACGGUUCUGCCACGGUCAGUAGCGGUAGAGGAAAAGUACUGAACCUGCCGACGAAACGGCACAUUACAAUGGCCAUAGAAUCGUUCGACGCUGGGCUGGGAAAGAACAAGUGAUGAAUAUCGUCAUCUGGUGUAGAACAGCGAACACAAUUGGCAGAAGAAAAGGAAAAAGUGAUACCGGAAGCGACGGUGGCAGCGGCGGUGGUGGUGAUUGCGGACAUCAGUGCAACUGGAUUAGAGCAGCGGAAGUGGUGGUGGUGCUGGUGGUGGAGGUUGUGCUGCUGCUGCAGCACGAUUGCAACUAUACGAGUGCGGCCGCAGGCGGAAACUGCGGGAACUGAGACUGAAAGCGGCGAACAGUGGUGGUGCGCUAGUGGAAACCAGCCGUCCGUUCGUCCGGAGCGGUGCAGUGCGCGAGCGAUGGUGAAGAUGGGCAUCGGUGGCCUGCCCGUGCGGACCGAUGCUGCCGUCGUCGUCGUCGUCCUGUUCCUGCUAACAACUGUGAUCUCAAUGGUUUCCUCGUCGGGCUUCUUCGAGAUGCAAAUUCUGGAGAUAGCCAACACCAACAGCCAUCUACUGUCCGGAUACUGCUGCGGUCUGCCGGCGGACAAGCAGCAAACCCAAACGACCGGAUGUCCGGCAUGUGCAACGGCGUUCAGUCUGUGCCUGAAGGAGUACCAGGGCACGACUUCCAGCGCCCAGCAGCAGCUGCUGCUCAAGGGCGGCGUCCAGCAGGCGGAAGUCAUCGGCCACAUGCAGCAGCAGCGGGGGGAAGCCCUGCUACUGGAACCACAGCAACCGUCGGCCAUGUACGGCUGUGCGUUCGGCAACGCCAGCACACCGGUGCUCGGCGGUUCCAGCUUCGUCCUGUCCGAUUCGGAAAUCGGCCGGGUCACGCUGCCCUUCACGUUCCGGUGGACGAAAUCGUUUACCCUGAUCCUACAGGCGUUGGAUAUGUACAACGAGUCCUAUUCAAUAUCCGACCGGCUGAUCGAGGAGACAUCAUUCUCCGGCGUUAUCCUACCCUCGCACGAAUGGAAUACAUUAGAUCACACGGGGAAGAACGCCCGGAUCACCUAUCGGGUUCGGGUGCAGUGUGCGGACAACUACUACAACACGACCUGUACGACGUUCUGCCGGCCCCGGAAUGACCAAUUCGGCCACUAUACCUGCGGCGAGCAGGGCAACAAGGUGUGCCUACCGGGCUGGCAGGGCGCCAACUGUGAGAAAGCAAUCUGCAAGCCAGGAUGCGACCAAAUUCACGGCAAAUGCGACCAGCCCGGGGGAUGCGAAUGUCGGCCUGGUUGGCGAGGGCCGCUUUGUAACGAGUGUAUGGUCUAUCCGGGCUGUCGCCAUGGUUACUGCAAUGGUAGCGCCUGGCAGUGCAUCUGUGAUACCAACUGGGGUGGAAUCCUGUGUGAUCAAGAUCUCAACUAUUGUGGCACUCACGAACCGUGCAUGCACGGUGGAACCUGCGAAAACACGGCCCCGGAUCGGUACCGGUGCACCUGUGCCGAAGGCCUUUCCGGAACGCGGUGCGAAAUCGUCGAACAUCCGUGCGCCCCGCAGCCGUGCAAAAACGGUGGCACCUGCGCACUGACCGGAAGCUACGGAAUGGGUCGCGACGGGCAGGACAAACUCGGCUCGAGCAGUACGCCCCCGUCGAUUAUCGUCCGGGGGAUGCGGGGGAUGAGUUCGAUGGGUAAACCGUACGGCCGGGCCAACGGUGGCGUAGAAGGCGGAGGAGAUGGAGGCGGUGGUGGUGGUGGUAUGGAGUCCAAGGAAAUAGCAGCGACACGGCACAUUUCGCCACCACAGCCGCUGAAAGAUUUCGUGUGCACCUGCUCGCCCGGAUGGACCGGACCGACCUGCGAGAUAAACAUUGACGAAUGCGCCGAAGGACCGUGCCAAAAUGGCGGUACCUGCAUCGACAUGGUCGGCAAGUUUCGCUGCGAGUGUCCUCCGCAGUGGACCGGCGAAACCUGUAAUAUCGAUGUCGACGAAUGUGAAACGAACGUGGCAUCCGGACUUGGACCGUGCAUCAAUGCUGAAUCUUGUCGGAAUCUGCCCGGAUCGUUCCAGUGCAGCUGUCUCGAGGGCUGGGGAGGUCCGACCUGUGCGCAGAAUCUGGACGACUGCGUGGGCCGGUGCAAAAACGGUGCCACCUGUAUCGACCUGGUCAACGAUUAUCACUGUGCCUGCGCGGCAGGCUACACGGGUCGUGACUGCAGCACCGAUAUCAACGAGUGUGUGAACUUCCCGUGCCGCAACGGGGGCGAGUGUGUCGAUCUGAUCGGCAACUUCAAGUGCAUCUGUCCGCUCGGGUACUCCGGAACCCUGUGUGAGGAAGCGAAGGACCACUGCACCUCGUCACCUUGCAUCGAGGGUCGCUGUUUGAACACUCCGGGCGGAUACUACUGUCACUGUCCGCCGGCGCGGGCCGGAAGGCACUGCGAGUUCCUCAGGACGCCGUGCAGCUCUCCUCCCUGUUCCAAUGAUGGCUGUACUAUGCCGAUGACGAAUGAAUCCUCGAUCAACGCGGCCAUCAUGACCCCGUGCAGUGGACGUGGGAAAUGUGAAUCUAACGCGCUCGGAUCGAGCUGCAUGUGCCAGCCCGGUUUCACGGGGAGUUUCUGUCAGCACAAUGUUAAUGAGUGUAUUUCGAAUCCAUGUAAACAUAACGGAAUUUGCAUCGACGGAGAUGCGGAUUUCAGCUGCGAGUGUCCUCCUGGUUGGACUGGACGAACCUGUGCCGAGCGAGCCGUACAGUGUCAGCAGGGCCAGUGCUUGAACGGUGGUUCCUGCAUAUUGUCACCGAUUUCCGGUAUCUCGCAGUGCCGCUGUACGCUCGGCUGGGGUGGACCGUUCUGCAACGAACCGGUCGAUCAGUGCCAGGGGCAGCCGUGUCAUAAUGGCGGUACCUGCGAGUCCGGUCCCGGAUGGUUCCGAUGUCUGUGCGCGAGAGGUUUCUCCGGACCGGACUGCCGCAUCAAUGUGAACGAGUGUUCGCCCCAACCCUGUCUAGGAGGGGCCACCUGUAAAGACGGAAUCGGUGGAUUCACCUGCAUCUGUCCCGUCGGACGCAGAGGCGUGCGUUGUGAAAUUCUACUUUCGGACCCCUCGUCGGUUUGCUCGAACACAACCACAAAUUCUCCGUACGAUCCGCUGGUGGAUCGUGACACUCCAACCGUGAUCGACGAAAGUAACUGCAACUCGUGCGUCUGUGCCAAUGGCAAGCCACGCUGCUCGAAUCUGUGGUGUGGCCUGAAGAACUGCUUGAACAGGAAUCUCUCGAAUCACGCCUGCGAAACCCAUCAAGUUUGUGUCCCGGCAGCUCAGGAAAGCUGCCUUUCGCCACCGUGCGCUCCCCGAGGCGACUGCCGGACGUUCGAACCUUCACGGAGGGUCGCUCCUCCACGCAUUCCAGCUCCGACCGACUGCUGGCCCAAUCAGGCAACGUUGGGCUCGCAGUGUGCUCGAAUCUCCAUCCUGCUGGAGUUGAACCGAUUAGCUAGAGGAACAUCCGUCGAUGGUCUGUGCCACAUUCUACGGUUACAGCUUGGCGAAAAGCUGAUCAAGAAUCCUUCGUUCGACGUUUCCGUCUUCAUUGUGGUUCUCUGCGAUCUUAAAGUGGGAACCAACGACACAAUCGAAGUGACUUUGUCAACUCCAACGGAUAGCAAUACCAGUUCGGGAUCGCUUCCGGAAGUGGUUCGACUGCUAGCGGAAAUCCUCUCCCGCCAGCAGGGCAUCCAGAACGAUUCGUUCCAAACGGACAUCACCGAGGCAGCGCCACUAACUUCGAUCUUGGAAGUCAAAGUGGAAACGGCCCUCAUCAACGAGACCGGCAGUGAUUCGAACUACCUGAUCGCGUUCGGAUUUGGAAUUGCCAUCGUUGCCCUGUGUCUGGGAGCUUUCGUUGCCCUCAUAUGGCGACAGAAGAUCCACAGCCAUUCCGGCUCGGGAACGAAUCUUACUCCACAUCUGGACCUAUCUCGGGGUCACGAGGAAGAGAAAAGCAAUAACCUGCAAAACGAGGAGAACUUUCGGCGGUACGCGAAUCCGUUGAAGGGCAGCGUCAGCUCUCUGCGUGGUGCGAUGGAGCUGAGCCUCAAUCCGGCACCGGAAAUCAACCAAAUCGCCGGACCAAGCAGUGCACUGCACCGAUCUCAGCAGCUGUAUCCGAGCUGCGGCUCCGAUGCUGCCGAGUACGAGAAAGAUCCGGACAAGCAGAAAGCUGCCAACCGGAACUCGCACAUUUUGCUGCACAAAACGCAGAACGCCGACGUCACCAAGAACAUCGUCAGCUCGAUCGAGAGCCAACACAAAGACUUCGGCAAGCGAAGCAUCAACGAUCACACGGCGUCCUCGGUGGUGAUGUUGGGGACGACGCCCUCGCCAAGCGUGAGUUCCCAACCGGCUGCCGUCGCCGCCGCCGCCCCCGUCACCGCUGCCACCAUCUCCACAGUUGCCCCGGCCGGUGUUGCAACAACCCUAAGUAGUACUCCAGUCGUGCCCAGCAGCACGACGACGAUAUCCGAAUCCGAUGUUCUCACUGUACAUGUGUAA